GUCCAGGGAGAGGCGGCGGACACCGCGGACACCGCGGAAGCCCCGACAGCGGCGGCCGUCGCCGAGAUGUCCCGGCGAAAGCAGAGCAAACCCCGGCAGAUCAAACGGCCUCUUGAAGAUGCCAUCGAAGAUGAGGAAGAAGACUGUCCGUCAGAGGAAACAGAUGUCACGGCCAAAGGAGACUUUCCACUGGAGGAAAGCUUCCCCACAGAAUUUGGGCCUGAAAACCUGAGCUGUGAAGAAGUGGAAUACUUUUGUAACAAAGGUGAUGAUGAAGGAAUCCCAGAGACGACAGAAUCAGAUGGAGACACACAAUCAGAGAAACCAGGGAAACCUGGAGUUGAGACGGAUGACUGGGAUGGACCAGGGGAGCUAGAAGUCUUUCAGAAAGAAGGGGAACGCAAAAUUCAGAGCCGGCAGCAACUUCCAGUGGGAACAACCUGGGGGCCAUUUGCUGGGAAGAUGGACUUGAAUAAUAAUUCCUUGAAGACAAAGGCUCAGGUCCCCAUGGUGCUGACUGCUGGUCCUAAGUGGCUUCUGGAUGUGACUUGGCAAGGAGUGGAAGACAACAAAAACAACUGCAUUGUGUACAGCAAAGGGGGUCAGCUUUGGUGCACCACUACGAAGGCUAUCUCAGAGGGUGAAGAGCUAAUUGCCUUUGUGGUGGAUUUUGACUCAAGGCUACAAGCUGCCAGUCAGAUGACUCUCACAGAAGGGAUGUACCCGGCGCGCCUGCUGGACUCAAUUCAGCUGCUUCCUCAGCAAGCUGCCAUGGCUUCUAUUUUGCCUACAGCUAUUGUCAAUAAGGACAUAUUCCCUUGCAAAUCCUGUGGUAUCUGGUACCGGAGUGAGCGGAAUCUGCAAGCCCAUUUGAUGUACUACUGUAGUGGGAGGCAAAGAGAAGCUGCUCCAGUGUCUGAAGAAAAUGAAGAGAGUACUCAUCAGGUUUCCAGCCUGUGUCCCUUUCCACAGUGUACGAAGAGCUUCUCCAAUGCCCGAGCUCUAGAAAUACACCUGAAUUCACACAGUGCAGUGAAAAUGGAAGAGUUCCUGCCCCCCGGUGCCAGUCUGAAAUGCACGGUCUGCAGCUACACUGCCGACUCGGUGAUCAACUUCCACCAGCACGUGUUCUCCCAUCUCACUCAAGCUGCCUUCCGGUGCAGCCACUGUCAUUUCGGCUUCCAGACCCAGAGGGAGUUACUGCAGCACCAAGAGCUCCACCUUCCCGGCGGCAAACUUCCCCCAGAAAGCGACAUGGAGCACUCCCCAGGCGGAGCAGAAGACCCCUUACAGCCAGCCGCGGACUCCCUGGCCAGAAGUGAGCUCUCCCAGAGCCAAAAGGCCAUGCAGACUAAAGACGCGAGCUCUGACACCGAGCUGGACAAGUGUGAGAAAAAGACUCAGCUCUUCCUCACCAACCAGAGACCAGAGAUCCAGCCAACGGCAAACAAACAAAGCUUCUCAUACACAAAAAUCAAGUCUGAGCCCUCCAGCCCACGGCUCGCCUCGUCCCCGGUGCAGCCCAACCUCGGGCCCUCUUUCCCCAUGGGCCCUUUCCUGUCUCAGUUUGCUUUCCCCCAGGAUAUCACGAUGGUCCCUCAAGCUUCAGAGAUCUUAGCCAAGAUGUCUGAGCUGGUGCAUCGGCGCCUGAGGCACGGAAGCAGUAGCUACCCUCCUGUCAUUUACAGCCCCCUGAUGCCCAAAGGGGCUACUUGUUUCGAGUGUAACAUAACCUUCAAUAAUCUGGAUAAUUACCUGGUCCAUAAAAAACAUUACUGCAGCAGCCGAUGGCAACAGAUGGCCAAGUCUCCCGAGUUCCCGGGUGUUUCCGAGAAGAUGCCUGAAGCCGUGAGUCCCAACGCGGGCCAAGCCUCUAUGAACCUUCUCAACCCAACCACGACGGACCCGGAGAACCCGCUCCUUCAGACAUCCUGCAUCAACUCCUCCACCGUCCUAGAUUUGAUCGGGCCAAAUGGAAAGGGCCAUGACAAGGACUUUCCCGCUCAAGCCAAGAAACUGUCCACGCCCAGUGGCAACGACGAGAAAAUGAACGGAAAACCCGGUGAUGUGAAAAAUCCCAGUGUCCCAUUGGUGGAUGGGGAAAGCGACCCGAAUAAGACCACCUGCGAAGCCUGCAACAUCACCUUCAGCCGGCAUGAAACGUACAUGGUCCACAAGCAGUAUUACUGCGCCACGCGCCACGACCCUCCGCUGAAGAGGUCCGCGUCCAGCAAAGUGCCGGCCAUGCAGAGGACCAUGCGCACGCGCAAGCGAAGGAAGAUGUACGAGAUGUGCCUGCCCGAGCCGGAGCAGAGGCCCCCGCUGGUCCAGCAGCGAUUUCUUGACGUCGCCAACCUCAGCAACCCCUGUACCUCCACGCAAGAACCCGCCGAAGGGCUCGGAGAGUGCUUCCACCCGAGGUGUGAUAUCUUCCCAGGCAUCGUCUCCAAGCACUUGGAAACCUCCCUGACCAUGAACAAGUGUGUCCCGGUUUCCAAAUGUGACUCGGCUCAUUCCACUGUGUCCUGCCUCGAGAUGGACGUGCCCAUAGACCUCAGCAAAAAGUGCUUAUCCCAGUCCGAGAGGACCACGACGUCUCCCAAAAGGCUGCUGGACUACCACGAGUGCACGGUGUGCAAGAUCAGCUUCAACAAGGUGGAGAACUACCUGGCCCACAAGCAGAACUUCUGCCCCGUCACCGCACACCAGCGUAACGACCUGGGUCCACUCGACGGCAAAGUGUUCCCCAAUCCAGAAAGCGAACGGAGCAGCCCCGAUGUCAGCUUUGAAAGAAGCAUGAUAAAAUGUGAGAAGAACGGCAAUGUGAAGCAGCCUUCUCCCAAUGGAAACUUGUUUUCAUCCCAUUUGGCAACCCUGCAAGGCCUCAAAGUCUUCAGUGAGGCGGCCCAACUCAUCGCUACAAAAGAAGAAAACAAACAUUUGUUUCUUCCGCAAUGCCUUUACCCCGGAGCAAUAAAGAAGGCAAAAGGAGCCGACCAGCUGUCUCCGUAUUAUGGCAUAAAGCCAACUGAUUAUAUUUCUGGGUCUCUUGUCAUUCACAACACCGACAUAGAGCAAAGCACAAAUGCAGAGAAUGAGUCUCCCAAAGGCCCCGCCCCCUCAAAUGGGUGCCCUGUCUCCAAGAAAGAUUCCCUGCCAUUGUUACCUAAAAACAGAGGCAUGGUAAUAGUGAAUGGUGGACUGAAACCAGAUGACAGAUCUGCGGCCAACCCCCAGCAAGAGAACGGUUCCCAGAACCCGCAGCACGAGGACGGCCACAAAUCCCCUUCCUGGAUCUCUGAGAACCCAUUAGCUGCCAAUGAGAAUGUCUCUCCAGGAAUUCCCUCCGCAGAGGAACAGUUGUCUAGCAUAGCGAAAGGUGUGAAUGGCUCCACCCAGGCUCCCACCAGUGGCAAAUAUUGCCGGCUAUGUGAUAUCCAGUUCAAUAACCUUUCAAACUUUAUAACUCACAAGAAGUUUUACUGCUCCUCACAUGCAGCAGAACACGUCAAAUGAACGAACCGACUCAAUAAACACCAGGCACCCUAGGUACCAGUGUUUACUAUGUUGUCCUAACAAGUCCAGAAUAAAAACAAAAGCUAUUUCAAUUACAUCUGGGCAAUCAGGAGAGAAUUCAACAUGGCUAAAUUGAAGACUUGAGAUGUAAUUUCAUUACAGACCAUUAGUAAAGUGUAUUAUUGGUGCCAUUUUCAAAACAAAAAUUUAAUUUAUUUUACCAGCAGUAUUCAUAGCUGUGGUUAUGUUAUUUUUUAUUUAAAAACUUUAUAUUAAAGUCAUUUGUAAUGUUAUUGUAUAGUUAUUGUGUAGCACAUAUGGUUUGCACUGUAUAGUAGCUUUCAAAGAAAAUAGUCACAAACAAUACAGAUGAGCAUUUUAGAAAUAGUUUCCAAAGCACUUGUGUAUCUUGGGUUUUUUUCUUAUAUGCUGUUGCAAAUACAUGUAUAUGCUAAAAUAUAACUUGCAAAGAUGUUCUCAAUACACACGCUAUAAGUUCGCCUUAAGAUUUCAAUUCUUGGAUAAUCAGGCUCUGUGUGCACUUUAUAUUUUAGCAGAUACAGUCUCUUAGUCACUAGGCUUUGCAUUUGUAUGUAACCGUAUGUUUCUGUCCAUUUUCUUAAUCUUAAACAUGUACGUUAAAUGAAGAUGGCGGGUUUUUUUUUCUUUUUUUUUUCCUGUAUAGUACUUGUAUUUUCUUUGGCUGAUGCAGCUCUGUUUCAAUUUUUAAACCUUUGCUGUUAAAUGCAAUACUUUAUAAAGAGUCAACAAAAUUACUGGAAGCAGUAUUGUAAGUCAUGAGGUAGUAUUAAACAGUUUUCUCUUUUGAAAGGCACAGUCUGAAUCAAAACCCUAAACUCAAUGCUGCAAGUAUGAAUUUAAUUCAUAUAUAAGAUCUAUUUAAAUAUAAGAGUAGCAAUACUGCACCUGGUGAUCACAAAGAUAAUGUUCUACUUCUGAUAGAAAUAAUUUCUCAACAAAUGUUACUAUGCAUGUAUAUGGAUGGAAUAAAAUUCCAGAUUGUUGGAGAAA